AAGCAUUAAAUACAAUACACCAAUAUUACAAAGAAAAGCAGUUAAAAAAUCAGACAUAUUUGAUGAUUUAAGAUGUGCGCACGAGGUUUAAAUUUAGUUUUUUUUAAAGUUCGUUUUGAAUUUUUUUUUUUAUAGGUCUGUGUUUUCUAUAAAAUCGCAAACCUGAUUUUGAGUCUUACUAAAGUUAGCUACCGGUUUUUUUCACGGUUAGUGUCGUUUAUUUUAACAUUUCCGAUUUUGAAGAAAUUGCAGUCAUAACUGUUUUUUGGAAUGUUAUACACAUGCGUUACUUUCAUGUUAUUUCAAACAACAUUUUAACUUAUUAAGCCUCGUGGUGCACGUAGUAAAUCGAAGAUUGAAUUAAAUAUGGAUAAAAUCAACAAAAAUAUCUUGGAUGCACUAACAGAUAUGGAAUCUAUACAGUCUACCACUGUUACGUCUUCAUCUGUAAUAAAUGAGCUUACAUAUCAAGCAUAUCGCGUAUAUAGAUCCCAGCAUACUGGACCCUCAGGUAAUACCUCGUUUAAACGAUGGGUCCAGUUAGGAGGGAAAGACAAUGAUUGGUUUCAAUGGCCGUAUCAUCCUCCUAACAGGGGUGCUGGGAGCUACAGGAGAGGGGGAGUUCAUGGUCUCUGGGAGCUACAGGAGGGGCAGAGGUCAUGGCAGCAGAGAAGACCAAGAGGGAAGAUGAAUUGGUGGAAGCCUUGUGGUCCAUGUUCCUAAAAAUUUUAUUGCAUUAUUGAGAUUGAAAUACUAGUUUCUUAUAAACGUGACUUGUUUGAUUAAGGUAUGUAUGAGAUUUUUUAAAUAUUGUUUUAUAUGAUCUUGUACAUGCUGUGUUAUAAUGUUAUUAAUUGUUAACAAAUUAUAUAUUUGUUUAGUUAUCACAAAAGUUAUUAGAAACUAUAAUAUAUUAACUCUUUAUAUAUACUUUUUAAAAGCCAUUAUGGGUCCAAAAAUUGUGUUUUUGGAUGCAGUGAAAAAAGAUUUAGCUGCGAACUUCACUUUGCAUGGCGAAAUACAUACACAAUGUAAAAAUGGACAUAUAAUCCUCUCAUUCACUAAUCACGGUGAGUCAAUUAGUAAUACUCUUAAACAAGUUAUUUAGUUAAUAAACUAGUAAAUGUCAACUCUAAUGUUAUUAACAUUGCAAAAAAAUGGACAACCCAUUAUGUAAGGGAUUGUUCAAAAUUUUUAAAUUUUUGUAAUCAGCCCCUUGCAUGCCAUGCAACAAGCGUGUCAUUGAGACAGGCAAUGCAUUUUAAACAGAGUAGUUCAUUGGUUACUGUUUCAGAGUCUUCUGUUCAGUCAUCCCAUUUUACCCCUAGUUGAUGACGAAUCUAUUUUGCUUGUAAUUUCCUUAAAAAAUAAAAAAAGAGAGCAUGCUUCUCGGGAAGAGCUAACCUCAAAGAAAGCCAAACUCAUCACUAGGUUAUCAUUUAUCUGCUCAGUGAUUGAGCUCAACCAGAGGCCACAGUAAAAAAUUGCAAAAGUUAAAUCAAAAUACAAUAGCAUACCAUAUAAGUUAAAAGUAUUCAGGCAAAACAUCAAAAGAAAAGAAGAUAUUAUUAAAGCUUUGAGGGUAGAAGUUAGAGAGCUAAAAAAAUAAAUUAAAACAUACUAUUACAGUAGGUUAAUUCUCAAUCUCAAAGCAAAAACAAAGGCAUUGAAAGUAAAAGAAAAAACAAAAUCUAAUGGAAAUACAAGUAAAACAUAAUACUGCUGGUAAGGCAAACAAAAUGAUCAUUACUCAAUUAGAAAAUGACAUUUACCAGAUAAAAGAGGGGAAAAUUCCAAAUGAUAAUAUGUCAGAAGGCGAUAAAAGUUACCCUUUAAAAAUGAGGAUGAUAAUUUAUGGCAUGUUAUUAGCUAAUGUUCCAACAGGUAACAUUGGAUUCCUAAUUUCAAAAAUUGGGCAAUAUUGGGUGUUAACUUUACGGAUAUUCCUCACCGUUGUACUAUUGAGCAAAUGGCUUGUGAGCUUGGCAGUAUAGCAGAACUGCAAGCAGCAGAAUGGGCUACGAGUAAUUUUUUUCUUACUCUUGGAUUUGAUGCAACAACACAAGUAGGUGUUCAUAUUAACACUGUUCAUCUGAACUCUAAAAACAACAGUUAGGUCAUUGUGCUGGAUCACUAGCUGGAUACUAGGUGGGACAGAUGUUGAUUAUGAAAGCCAUAUAUGUGGUGCAGUUGAUCAUUUAGCUUUUAUUUAUUCAGAUUUUCACUCGCUUCUCUUUAUUGAAUGUUGGAGUACAAUCAUAUCAAAUAUAUCCGACACAAUGUCUGCCAGUAGCGGUUAACCAUUUUACCAUUUCCAAAAUUUGUAAAACUUGGGGGAAGAAUUUGAAUGAGUUAAAUUGUCAUUUGCACCCUCUAGAUACAAUUGCCAUUUCAUGUCCUGAAGCCUUAAAAUCUUUAGAAUUUGAGUAUUGCAAAUUGUUUGGAUUUAAUUCUAUGGCAGUCAGAAUUGUUUUAGCAAUGAACAAGAUGAGGUUUAAAGAUGGCAAAGGUGAUCCCAAAGGUUUAGUUAAUUUUUUAGACAAUAACAAACUACCAUGAAGUAUUAUUCCGCAGUAUCGUGGAAACCGUUGAACAUUCUUUCCCAUACUUGUUUCAUUUUUAUGAAACACUUUACUGCUUUUCUACUUUAUCUGACAACUGGAACAGUAAAAUGUUUUAGUUUGCUACCAAUAUUGAAGUAGCAUUUUAUAACACAACGUCUAUAUAACAAAUUGGGAUGCUGGCACUAUUAAGUAAACUUCUCAGUGGACCAUAGAUCGACUAAGUUUUAUGUAUCAGCUGAUGAUGCAAGUUUUGAUUAUGUCACCAGUACUCAGGUAGUAAAAGAUUUUGUAGCUUGCAAAUAUGGUACAGCAAGUUUUGUAGCUUGCAAAAGAAGUACCGCAAGUUUUGUAGCUUGCAAAUAAAGUAGUGCAAGUUUUGUAGCUUGCAGAAGAAGUACCACAAGUUUUAAAGCUUGCAAAUAUGGUACAGCAAGUUUUGUAGCUUGCAACAAAAGUACCGCAAGUAUUGUACUUGCAAAUAUGGUACAGCAAGUUUUGUAGCUUGCAAAAGAAGUACCGCAAGUUUUGUAGCUUGCAAAUAUAAUACAGCAAGUUUUGUAGCUUGCAAAUGUAGUACCGCAAGUUUUGUAGCUUGCAAAUAUGGUACAGCAAAAUUUGUAGCUUGCAAAAGAAAUACCGCAAGUUUUAAAGCUUACAAAUAUGGUACAGCAAGUUUUGUAGCUUGCAAAAGUAGUACCGCAAGUUUUGUAACUUGCUAAAAUGGUACAGCAAGUUUUGUAGCUUGCAAAUAAAGUACCGCCAGUUUUUUUGGUUGCAAAUAUGGUACAGCAAGUUUUGUAGCUUGCAAAGAAAGUACCGCAAAUAUUGUACUUGCAAAAAUGGUACAGCAAGUUUUGUAGCUUGCAAAAGGAUUACCGCAAGUUUUGUAGCUUGCAAAUAUGGUACAGCAAGUUUUGUAGCUUGCAAAAGGAGUACCCCAAGUUUUGUAGCUUGCAAAUAUGGUACAGCAAGUUUUGUAGCUUGCAAAAGAAGUACCGCUAGUUUUAUAGCUUACAAAUAUUGUUUAGCAAGUUUUGUAGCUUGCAAAAGAAGUACCGCAAGUUUUAUAGCUUGCAAAUUUGGUACAGCAAGUUUUGUAGCUUGCAAAAGGAGUACCGCAAGUUUUGUAGCUUGCAAAUAUGGUACAGCUAGUUUUGUAGCUUGCAAAAAGAGUAUCGCUAGUUUUAAAGCUUGCAAAUAUGGUACAACAAGUUUUGUAGCUUGCAAAUAUGGUACAGCAAGUUUUGUAGCUUGCAAAAGAUGUACCGCAAGUUUUGUAGAUUGCAAAUAUGGUACAGCAAGUUUUGUAGCUUGCAAAAGGAGUACCGCAAGUUUUGUAUCUUGCAAAUAUGGAACAGCAAGUUUUGUAGCUUGCUAAAAUGGUACAGCAAGUUUUGUAACUUGCAAAAAGAGUACUGCAAGUUUUGUAGCUUGCAAAAGGAGUACUGCAAGUAUUGUGCUUGCAAAUAUGGUACAGCAAGUUUUGUAGCUUGCAAAAGAAAUACCGCAAGUUUUAAUGCUUGCAAAUAUAGUACAGCAAGUUUUGUAGCUUGCAACAGGAGUACCGCAAGUUUUGUAGCUUGCAAAUAUGGUACAGCAAGUUUUGUAGCUUGCAAAUGGAGUACCGCAAGUUUUGUAGCUUGCAAAUAUGGUACAGCAAGUUUUGUAGCUUGCAAAGAAAGUACCGCAAGUAUUGUACUUGCAAAUAUGGUACAGCAAGUUUUGUAGCUUGCAAAAUGGGUACCGCAAGUUUUGUAGCUUGCAAAUAUGGUACAGCAAGUUUUGUAGCUUGCAAAAGGAGUACCACAAGUUUUGUAGCUUGCAAAUAUGGUACAGC